AUGGAACCACACUCACAGCAACCAACUGAGGAUGGGGGAAGCAACAAAGCCUCCGGGAGUAGUGCUAACAUGCUUUGCAGGCAGAGCAGUACCAGGUGGACUCCCACGACUGAUCAAAUUAGAAUCCUCAAGGAGCUUUACUACAACAAAGGAGUUAGGUCCCCCAGUGCAGAGCAGAUUCAGAGGAUCUGUCUCCAGCUGAAACGGUACGGAAAGAUCGAAGGCAAGAAUGUAUUUUACUGGUUUCAGAACCAUAAGGCUCGGGAGAGGCAGAAGAAGAGGUUCACUUCGGAUGUUCAUGUGCCCAUGCAAAAGUCGGGGCUUGUUGGGAAUGGUAACGGUACCAACUGGAAACCUGAGGAGUAUAUGAACAUGAACAACAAGUACUCCAACAUUUGUCAUGGGGUUUCUUCUGCAUCAGCUUCUGCUUCUUCAGCUGGUGUGAUUGCUUUUAAUGGGCAGUUGGGGAACUAUGGUGGUUAUGAAUCUAUGAACAUGGAGAAGACCUUUAGGGAUUGUUCAAUCUCAGCUGGAGGGGCAACAAGUACUACUGGUGUUGGUGUUGGUGGAUCCAUCACUCACAAUUUCGGGUCAUGGGUCGGCGGCAGUGUUGACCCGUAUUCAUCCUCGUCCUACACUACUAGUACUAGUACUACUUUCUUUGACAUGAAAGAACAAACUUUCAUGGACCAACUAGAAGAAGAUCACCAGGAGAUUGAAACCCUCCCACUGUUCCCCAUGCACGGUGAGGACAUCUUUGGCAACAGCAAGACUUCUUCUGAGGGCGGCAGCGGAUACGGCUACUACUCCGGUGGCUGGGGUGGCUACAACGGUGGCUCUCGCACUUCCCUUGAGCUCAGCCUCAAUUCCUACGGCUACAACACCCCUAAUUACUACUGA